AUGUACUUGAAGCCGAAGAUAGAGAAUCCUGAAAUUCAGUUUGAAGCCAUGGCUUGUAUACCCGACGUCAAUGUUUAUGAAUAUCACCCUGAAAAGCUUCUAGAAAAAUACCAACAAAAACCGGCGUAUUUCUUUACCAAGAGGAAGACAUAUGCCAAUGGAAAAAGACCCAAUCGAACUGUGCAAGGACAUGGGUACUGGCUCAUGAUUUCAAAAACAGUGCCCGUCAUAGCAGGCAAUACAGAAGUUGGGGAGAAGAGUGGCCUCGUCUUCCUAACCGGUCGUCGAAGAGAUGUGGAAGGACAUGGGCACUGGCAAAUGAAUAGAAAAACAGAGCACGUCAUGGCAGGCAAUACAGAGAUCUUCCAUACCGGUGGUCCAAAAGAUGAUAAAAGCAAUACUAAAACCAAUCGGUUGAUGGAGGAGUACCAUAUACCUGGUAGUGACUGGACAUUGUGUUGGAUCUAUUUGUUCAAACAUACAUCUAAGACAUAG